CCGAGAACAACACUUCCCAAGGGAAAAAGUCACUCAUCUGGCGUACGUAGGUAUCUGCUAAAGCAGUAGUCACGGAGUCGUUCUCUCCAAACCGAGUCGCGACAAGGAACACCGAAGCCGUGACGGUGAGAGAGACAGAUGUCCUACACUAUAACACACACUCAUUCACACACAUAUACAGACAUUUGUUCUCAAUUUUAGGCUUCGUGUUGGUGUCUUUUUUCGCUGUUUACUGACACUGAAGAAGAAUCUGCCUCCACAGAGUGCGUUAAAGCUGUUUCUUUCUCUUGGCCCAUCUACAUGGAAUUCUUUCUUGGCAAAAUUCUGCGGAGUUAUCGGUUUCGUUGAAUUUUAAAGCCUUUUUUGGUUUUUACCUUUUCACUUUGUCGGAGAAAAGAAAGCCAGAUGAAGGUCAAGAGUUGAGAAUCAUUGUAGAGGUCACAUUGUGGUGUGGAAGUUGCAUGCUGGAAAAGACUUGAAUUUCCAUCUACCUAUUUGUGAAAAAUUGGGAAAUGGGAUUCACUGGAAUACUCAUUAAUUUGUGAUGGUUUGAUGUAGUAAGACUAGUGAAGAGAUAGAGUUCCGGUGAUGGGAGAAACUUCUGAUCAGUGAUAUGCUGAUCUGCAACGCCUAUAUGCUUAUUGGGUUCAUCUAGAUCAGUUUGAGGUUGGAGGGAGAUUUUUAAGGGAGUUUGAGGAUGUCGACAUGGGAACAUUUUGGGGAAAUUGCGAAUGUAGCACAACUGGCAGGAGUGGAUGCUGCAAGUCUGAUCGGAAUGAUUGUGAAGGCAGCAAACACAGCCCGAAUGCACAAGAAAAACUGCAGGCAGUUUGCACAGCAUCUGAAGCUGAUUGGGAAUUUAUUGGAGUCACUUAGAAUUUCGGAGCUCAAAAAGUAUCCAGAGACUAGAGAGCCAUUGGAGCAGCUUGAGGAUGCGUUGAGGAGGUCUUACAUUUUGGUGAAUAGUUGUCAGGACCGGAGUUAUUUCUAUCUCCUUGCGAUGGGAUGGAACAUUGUUUACCAGUUCAGGAAGGCCCAAAGUGAGAUUGAUCGAUAUUUGAAGAUCAUACCUCUCAUUACCCUUGUUGAUAAUGCUCGUGUUCGGGAACGACUCGAAAUGAUUGAAAGGGACCAACAUGAGUAUACCUUGGAUGAUGAGGACAGGAAGAUACAACAUGUGAUUCUGAAGCGUGAGCCCUCACAGCAUGACACCAUUGUUUUGAAGAAAACCCUUUCUUGUUCCUACCCAAACAUGCCCAUUUGCGAGGCCAUACAAAAAGAAAAUCAGAAGCUUCAAUUAGAACUGCAACAUUCACAAGCUAAUUUGGACGUUGGCCAGUGUGAAGUGAUUCAGCAUCUUCUUGAAGUUACUGAAGCUGUUGCAGCAAAUUCUUUGCCAGAGAAAACUUCAUUCACGAAAGAAUCGAAGGUGGAGCAGGUUUAUGUUGAUGUCAGCAGUGAAAAGGAACACUAUGAUAAAAACUACAGUAGAAACAGUGAAAAGCAGGAAGCUUCAGGGAACACAUCAUCAGUUUCCUCAAGACGUGAUUUGCUAUCAUUUAAAGGUGCACAGGAUGAAUGGCAUUCAGAUUUACUUGGCUGCUGUUCCGAACCUCUUCUAUGCCUAAAAACCAUGCUUUUCCCUUGUGGCACAUUUUCCAGAAUUGCUUCAGUAGCAACUAAUAGACACAUCUCUCCUGCAGAAGCCUGUAACGACUUGAUGGCUUAUUCUUUAAUACUGUCCUGCUGCUGCUAUACCUGUUGCAUCAGAAAGAAACUUCGAGGAAUGCUUAACAUCAAGGGAGGUUUAUUUGACGAUUUUCUCUCCCACCUUAUGUGCUGCUGUUGUGCCCUUGUCCAAGAAUGGCGAGAAGUCGAGAUCCGUCAAGUUAAAGGUCAUCAGAAGACAACAACAUGCCCUCCAACUAUCCAAUACAUAGAAUACUAAAUUGUUAGAUUGCACAAAUAUGGCUGCAUUUUUCAGAUCACAUGCUUGCAUGCAUUAGAACUUCCUGUACAGGUAACUGGCUUGUACCCAAAUGGUACCUGUUCUUGCAGUUGGUUUUCCGUUUCACCAUUCUGUACAGUGCUUUUUCGUGGCGGCUGUGCCGUGUUAUGUAAUUGAUAUUUUUUCAGGUCGCGUAGAAUUGCUAUUACAGCUCGUCGUUACAAUUU